AUGAACUGGACCGCUGAAGAAGCACCAGCUGAUGAUGCUCAAGAAGUGUGGGCUCCUGCCGUUGGCCACCCUGCUUUGCAGUAUUCGUCCAUCGUCGACAUAUUUGGUUCCUCCUGCAGCCUCCAACCGUAUGUCGUCCCUGCUAGCACUAGCAGCAGCUCUAGCGGAGGUCCGCAGCUACUGGUUGAGAACAACUACUACGCUGCGGCCGCACAGCAUCACGAUCCGACUGGGAAAGGAACGACGAUGACACACGAGGAUCUGUCGUCGUUUGAGCAGCAAAUGGAGAGCUAUAUGAAUAGCCCUAAGAAGCUAUUCCAGGAAAGAAAGAAGGAGUUUGAGGAUGCAUAUAAUGCCCAAUUCAUGAAACAGAAGAUGCACAGGUACCCUCCAAGCAUUCGAGCUCUCGAUGAUGAUGGUCUGUAUACCGUCCCGAGGGUGGUGGCCAUCGGCCCUUACCACCAUUAUGGCGGAGGCCAUCUGAAGCAGGCGGAGGAGGUGAAGCAUGCGGCUGCCUGCCACUGCAUCACGGAAUCCGGCCGCUCGGUCGAGGAGAUGUACGGCGCCGUCAUCUCGGCCGCGAAUGACAGCGAUGCCCGCGGCCUCUACCACACGGACGUGAUGGCAGGUCUCGGCGACGACGACUGCUUCCUACCCAUGAUGUUCUUUGACGCCUGCUUCUUGGUGAUGUACAUCCUUAAGAGGUCGGGCGCAGAGAACUACGACCCGACGCUGUACGAUUUCUUCGAGUCCAAUGACGAUGACAUCGCUCAUGACAUCAUGCUGCUUGAGAACCAGAUCCCCUUGCAGGUGGUGGACGCCGUCAUGAACAUGUGCACGGCCGAGCCCUUGGAGAGAAUGAAGAUGUUCAUUGCCAGGUGCAAAGAUGGCUGUCUGCAAGACCGGGUUGAACCUGGAUUGCCUCGUGUUGACUGGGAUGAAGACUACUACAAUAAAGCACCGCAUCUCCUUGGCCUCCUCCGAUUCUACGUUGUAGGAAAAAGAAGAAGAAGCAGAAAACCCAAGGUGUCUCCUUCAGAUUUAAAGAAAAUGGAAUCGAUAACAAUUUCAGCCGGUGCCAUCGAGCUUGCCGAAAUGGGCAUCUUCCUCACAGCCAACGAAACAACGGAGCUCCCAGACAUGGGCCUCUCCAGGAAAUGGAUCAUCUUCGCCGAGCUCUCCAUGGCGCCGCUGUCUCUCAACGAUGCACGUGCAAGCUGGCUCGUCAACAUGGCGGCUCUCGAGCUAUGCACGACUCCAGAUUUUUUUGAUGCCGAGGCGGAAUUUGAAGACUCUGCUGUCUGCUCGUACCUCCUCCUCCUGUGCAUGUUGAUGCAUCGGGAGGAGGACGUGCAUGAGCUGCGAACCAAGGGUAUCCUGCAAGGAGGAGCAGGGCUCAACAACAAGAAGACGCUCGACUUCUUCACCAGCCUGCAGAGCCUGCGCAAAGGACGCUGCUAUGCCCUCGUCAUGGUAGAGAUCCAGAAUUACAGGAACAAGAGGCCGUGGAUCAAGGUGUACGCGUUUCUUUACAACAACUGGAAGUACAUCGUCGCGGUUGGCUCCGCCUUUAGUGGAUUUAUCGGUAUCAUAACGGCGCUCAUGAAACUCAAGGGCGCCCAUUGA